AAUAGAUUUCAAAAAGAUAAAGCACUAUUGUUACUUUUAUUACUCCGAACUUACCUAAUAAUAAUGUAAUAUACUUGAAUAAUCUCGUUUAUCCUGCUGAUGGUGAGUGGUCGGAAAGUGGUUGGUGUGUCGCAUCAUGUGUGUUACGCUUAACCACGGGCUACAAAUUUAUGGUCGACAAGUUGAGACUGCCAUUGGUCGUGACGGCAGAAAGUCCGUCAUCUGUUUACGAUUGCAUUUAUCGUAUUAUGUUAAUGUAUCGAUCACGAUCGACCACUGGUUUUUUUUUAUCGAAACGUGUUUGUAAUGAGGUCCACUUGAGUUAAGUCUUAUUAUUCCAUACAAUUGUCGAUGAUUGGAUUUAUAGAUCACAUUUCCAUUUUAAACCGAAAUGCUGACGUUACUGUUUUUCCGUUGCAUUUUUUUUAAACAUUACAUUUUGGAUUACGUUUAUGAACAUUUUCGAACAUAUUAACCAUUUAUUGAAGACUUAUUUAUCUCAAUAUGGUUACUUGAAACCAUCUAUGAAAAAUUCGAAUGUAGCUAAUAUUAUAUCCGAGGAAGCAAUGGUCAAAGCAAUUAGGGAGUUUCAGUCAUUCUUUGGUUUAAACUUGACAGGUCGCCUGGAUAAUGAUACGUUGCACUUAAUGAGCAAGCCUAGAUGCGGCAAUCAAGAUGUAGGCGAAUUUGUUCCGACUAGGACCAGAAGAUAUAUCUCACAUAAUAGAAAGUGGGAGAUAAAUGACUUGACUUAUAAUAUAAUUAAGUAUCCUAAACAGCUAGAUAAGUCAGUAAUAGAUUCAGAAAUCCGAAGAGCAUUCGAUUUAUGGUCUGAAGUCACUCCAUUGAGGUUCACCCACAAAAAAUCUGGAAAAGUGAAUAUUAAUAUCAGAUUUGAAGAAGGUAAACAUGGUGAUCGUAAUUCAUCUUAUACUGUAUUGUCACAUACUUUUAAUUCAAAAUACGUUAGUGAUAUUUAUUUUGAUGGUUCGAUAAAGUGGUCAGUCAAUUCAAAGGAAGGUACAAAUUUGUUCCAAAGAGUAGUUCAUGAAUUGGGCCACUCGUUAGGAUUAUUUCACUCCAAAAAAGAAUCUUCUGUAAUGUUUGUAAUUGAUCGAGGUUAUAAUCCAAAUUUCACCUUAAGUAGUGAUGACGUGGAAGCCAUUCAGGCGAUUUAUGGUUCAAAUAAUAAGACCGAAAAAGUAAAUUUAGAGAAGGACCACGACGUAUUGAAAAAUAAUUAACCUUUGAUAUUUUGUUGAAAAGAAAUGUUUUAACUUCAUCGUCCUGGUCUCGACUAUGGUAUAAAAUGUAAAAUAAAUAAUAAAUAAUAUUUCUUAAAAAUAAUGCACUUAAUAAAUUAAUUAACCCAAAAUAAUUUUACUGUUCAUUUAUAAUACUUAUAUAACAAAACCAAUUUACGAAGCUAUAUAUGGUAUGUUUAAUAUAUUAUUUAUAUAAUUAUGUUAAUUUAUAAUAUUUUUAAAGAUUUGAAUAUGCUUAGUUCAAUUCAUUUUUUCAUUUAUAUAACGAUUACAGUUAAACGAAGAUUUACUUGCAUACUAAUGCAUGCUUUGCUGAAUUGAUCUAUAAGAGACAACAUUACUUAUAAGUAUUUUGGUGACUUUAAAUGUAUACUAGUAUUAAAAAUCACUUAAUGUUUUAUUAU